AAAAGAAGAAAACUAAUCUCCAUGAAAUAUUGCCAAAUUUGAAGAUCGUAAUUCAAUUCUGAACGCUUGAAGUGAGUUGGAACUUGGAGUGUAAUAAAGUGAAAUGAGAAUAAUUAUACCCAAAAUUUCAUCUCCCUCCUUUUUCUCGAUGUAUCCACGAAAUCCAACACAAGGGGGCCUCAGAGAAACAGCAUCAAUGGCGGCAAUAUCGCCAUUAAAAUAGUAUUUGCAGGAACCCCAUUCAUAUCACAUGGACCCUCCUGUUCCUCUGGCGUUUUCGACGAUUUUCUGAUUUUCUUCAUCAAUGCGAUCGAAUGAGAACGCACUUGUUUAUCUGUUUCGAGUUCUGAUGGAUUUGGGCAUUUUUGGAUCUUGAGGAAGCUUUAAUGGUUGAAGACUGGGAAGUUUGACGUAAGAAGUGAACUUAUUAUUGCUGUUCUUGUUGUUUCUGAGCUUGUUUGGAUGCUGAGAAAAUGGGGAUGAAAGAAAUCUUGAUUCCUAGUUAUUUCUUUUCUCUUUUUGUUUCUCAACUUGUUUGGCUACUGAAAAAAUGGGAAGGAAAAUCUUGAUGUCUUAGCCAUUCUGCCUUUUUGGGAUGCAACCAACAAUUGGAGCCAAGAAAACUAUUGAAUCAUCCCUUUGGUGCUCAUUCAUUCUUGCAUGAAAAGCCUCAACUCCCGGUGGAAAUGAGCUUCAAAAGGGACCUUGAGCUUGUCAUCUUUGUUUUCUCUGCAGUCUUCUGGUUUGCAGCGAAUGUUUAUCCGGUGAUGUCGGAGCCCAUCAAAGACAAGGAAGCUUUGCUUAAUUUUCUCAACAAGAUGGAUCACUCAAACUCGCUCAAUUGGAAGAAGAGCACUUCUUUGUGCAAAGAAUGGAUGGGAGUUCAAUGCAACAAUGAUGAAUCCCAAGUUGUAGUUCUUAGAUUGGCUGAAGUUGGCCUACACGGUUCGAUCCCGAUCAACACUCUCGGUCGACUAUUGGGGCUUGAAACUCUUAGCCUUGGAUCAAAUUACAUAUCAGGGCCUUUCCCUUCUGACUUCCUAAAGCUGAGAAAUCUCAGUUCACUCUACUUGCAAAACAACAAGUUCUCCGGUCCAUUGCCAUUGGAUUUCUCUGUAUGGAAGAAUCUCAACAUCAUUGAUCUGUCAAACAAUGCCUUCAAUGGGAGCAUCCCUCACUCGAUAUCGAACACGACACAUCUAACGACAUUAAACCUUGCCAAUAACUCACUCUCUGGUGAGAUUCCAGACAACCUUCCUAGUUUGCAAGAGUUGGAUCUUUCAAACAACAAUCUCACGGGAUAUCUCCCUCAGUCCCUUAAAAAAUUUCCAAGUUGGGCAUUCUUUGGUAACAACCUCAUGCUCAAAAAUGCCGUUUCUCCGGCUCACGAACCGGUGCCGAGUACUCGACCGUUGAAGAAAGGCACAACAUCACUUGGUGAAGCAGCAAUUUUAGGCAUUAUAAUUGGAGGUUCUGCAACGGGGUUAGUCAUAGCAGUCAUUUUGAUGGUUAUAUGUUGCUCAAACAGAGGAAGACUAAAAAACAAAGCCUCAUCAAAGCUGGACAAGCAAGAACAGUUUGUGAACAAAAGGGUGUCUGAGACACAAAACAACAACCUCAAGUUUUUUCGGAGUCACGGCCUUGAGUUCGACUUGGAGGACUUGUUGAGGGCGUCUUCCGAGGUGCUCGGGAAGGGGAUGUCGGGGACGACGUAUAAGGCGACACUAGAAGACGGCAAUGCCGUGGCAGUGAAGAGGUUGAAGGAAGUGUGUGUUUCAAAGAAGGAAUUUGAGCAACAGAUGGAGGUGCUUGGGAGCAUUGAUCAUGAAAAUGUGUGUGGUCUAAGGGCAUAUUAUUAUUCAAAGGAUGAGAAACUCAUGGUGUUUGAGUUCUAUCAACAUGGAAGUGUCUCUGCAAUAUUGCAUGUUGCGAGAGAGAAAGGGCAGUCACCUCUAGAUUGGGAAACUCGGCUCCGAAUCGCCAUUGGCGCAGCCAGAGGAAUCGCUCACAUCCACUCUGAAGCCUGCGGCAAGCUCGUCCAUGGCAACAUCAAGGCCUCAAACGUUUUUCUCAACUCCGCCGGUUACGGUUGCAUUGCCGACGUCGGCGUCGCCGCUCUGAUGAACCUUAUGGCCCUGGCGGCAACCAGAGCCGCUGGAUACCGCGCUCCCGAACUCAAAGAUUCACGCAAAGCGUCUCAAGCCUCCGAUACCUACAGCUUCGGCGUCGUGCUUCUGGAACUCCUCACUGGAAAAUUUCCACUGCAUACAAAGUGUGGCGGCGGCGGCGGCGGCGGCGGGGAUCAGAUCAUCCACCUUGUGCGGUGGGUGAACGCGGUGGUUCGAGAGGAGUGGACGGCGGAGGUGUUUGAUGUGGAGCUUUUGAGAUAUCCAAACAUAGAGGAGGAGAUGUUAGAGACGCUGCAAAUAGCGCUAUCUUGUGUAGGAAGAGUUCCGGAUGAUCGGCCGUCAAUGGCGGAUGUGGCAGCUCGGUUAGAGGGAGUUCGCCAGGUGAGCGGCGGAGGAAACCAACCGGCGCCGCCGCCAGCAUUGCCACGUGGAGCGGAGGAGGUGAUCCAGAUUCAGGUGAAUGUGGAUGAGGGUGAAGAGGGAGCUCCGUCGAAAUCGAAUUGAGGAUUUCUGGUUUUGGUUGAAGGAUCAUUAGGCUUCCGAUUGAGUUCUAUGAAAGUGGACGAUCAAAUUCAGCUGGUAGAUUGGGUUAGCAACUUAGUUUUAGUGUUCAAAAAUUGGCUUAUUUGAUCAGUCUGGUUUUUUGGUUUUGUUACUUGCGCCUUUUUUUAUUUA